GAAAAGCUUGCUCUAAAAGCCAACUAAUAAUUGAUUAAAUGCAUGUGGACCACAUUGCCGCUUUCUCCACCGCUCCACAUUCCCCGCCUCCAUCAACACUCUUCAAUUUGGCGGGAAAAACUUCAAAAAUUCAUAGUAGGAUUUAGAGGGAAAUUUCAAAACCCUAGAGAUAUUAUCUCAUAGUAGUAAAAACCAAUAUUUAAUUCUUUUAUUCCUUGUUUGUGGCUAUAUAUACAAGCUGAGAGCACAUUUGUUGCUUGUCAGUAGAUAACCCACCAACUGUUUGUGAAAAGUCCUCAGUGAGUCGGAAUCUCGAAGUUCAUUCGGAUUGAAAAUGUAUGUGGUGAAGAGGGACGGGAGGCAGGAGACUGUGCACUUCGACAAGAUCACUGCGCGGCUGAAAAAGCUGAGUUAUGGGCUCAGUAGCGAGCACUGUGACCCGGUUUUGGUGUCGCAGAAGGUGUGCGCCGGGGUAUUCAAGGGCGUCACCACGAGCCAGCUUGACGAGUUGGCGGCGGAGACGGCUGCUGCUAUGACGGCCAAUCACCCUGAUUAUGCUUGUUUGGCUGCAAGAAUUGCUGUUUCAAAUCUUCACAAGAACACUAAGAAAUCAUUUUCUGAAACGGUCAAAGACAUGUACAAUCAUAUCAGCGAGAGGUCUGGACUAGAGUCCCCUUUGAUUGCUGAUGAUGUUUAUGAGAUUAUAAUGAAGAAUGCUGUUCGUCUUGACAGUGAGAUAAUAUAUGACAGAGACUUCGACUAUGAUUACUUUGGUUUUAAGACGCUUGAAAGGUCUUACCUGUUAAAAGUCCAAGGCAAGGUUGUCGAAAGGCCACAGCACAUGUUAAUGAGGGUUGCUGUUGGCAUCCAUAAGGAUGAUAUAGAUUCUGUUAUAAAAACAUAUCAUCUUUUGUCCCAGCGAUGGUUCACUCAUGCAUCUCCCACCCUUUUUAAUGCUGGAACACCGAGACCACAAUUGAGCAGCUGUUUCUUGAUAUGCAUGAAGGAUGAUAGUAUUGAGGGCAUAUAUGAUACCCUCAAGGAAUGUGCUGUCAUUAGCAAAUCAGCUGGAGGAAUUGGUGUAUCUGUCCAUAAUAUCCGUGCUACAGGAAGUUAUAUACGUGGAACAAAUGGAACAUCUAAUGGCAUUGUUCCAAUGCUUCGAGUUUUUAAUGACACUGCUAGAUAUGUGGAUCAGGGUGGUGGCAAGAGGAAAGGUGCUUUUGCUGUAUAUUUGGAGCCAUGGCAUGCUGACAUCUUUGAGUUUCUUGAUUUGAGGAAAAACCAUGGGAAGGAGGAGCACCGUGCAAGAGAUUUGUUUUAUGGUCUUUGGGUACCUGAUCUUUUUAUGAAAAGAGUUGAAACUUAUGGACAAUGGUCAUUGUUCUGUCCAAGUGAGUCUCCUGGAUUAGCUGAUUGUUGGGGUGAAGAGUUUGAAGCUUUGUAUACUAAAUAUGAGAGAGAGGGAAAGGCGAAGAAAGUUGUUGAGGCACAGACUUUAUGGUUUGAAAUCUUGAAAUCCCAGGUUGAAACUGGAACGCCUUAUAUGCUUUAUAAGGAUACUUGCAAUAGAAAGAGCAACCAGCAGAAUCUGGGUACCAUAAAAUCAUCUAACUUGUGUACUGAGAUAAUUGAGUAUACGAGCCCCACAGAAUCUGCUGUGUGCAAUCUUGCAUCAAUUGCUCUACCACGAUAUGUUAGAGAGAAGGGUGUGCCUCUGGAGUCCCAACCAACAAAGCUUGUUGGCAGCAUAGGGUCUAAAGACCGCUAUUUUGAUUUUGACAAACUGGCUGAGGUUACGGAGCUCGUUACAACAAACCUUAACAAGAUAAUUGAUAUAAAUUAUUAUCCAGUUGAAACUGCGAAAAGGUCUAAUAUGCGUCACAGGCCAAUAGGAAUUGGUGUACAAGGUCUUGCUGAUGCCUUCAUCUUGCUUGGCAUGGCAUUCGAAUCUCCAGAGGCUCAGCAGUUGAACAAGGAUAUAUUCGAGACCAUAUACUAUCAUGCAUUAAAGGCAUCGUGUGAACUCGCUCAGAAAGAAGGCCCGUAUGAAACAUAUAAUGGCAGUCCUGUUAGCAAGGGAAUCAUCCAACCAGAUAUGUGGGGAGUGAAGCCAUCAGAUAGAUGGGAUUGGGAUGCUCUUCGGGCUAAGAUUGCAGAACAUGGGAUUCGAAACUCACUUCUCAUAGCACCCAUGCCAACUGCUUCAACAAGCCAGAUUCUUGGGAACAAUGAGUGCUUUGAACCAUACACUUCCAACAUUUACAGCCGUAGAGUUCUAAGUGGUGAAUUUGUUGUUGUGAACAAGCAUCUUCUCCACGAUUUGACUGAGAUGGGGCUUUGGUCUCCUUCUGUCAAGAACAGGAUAAUUUAUGAGGACGGCUCUGUUCAAAAUAUCCCUGAGGUUCCUGAAGAUCUUAAAGUGAUUUACAAAACUGUUUGGGAGAUCAAGCAACGGGUGUUGGCUGAUAUGGCUGUCGACCGUGGAUGUUUCAUAGACCAGAGUCAGAGCUUAAACAUCCAUAUGGACCAACCUACUUCAGCAAAGCUUACUUCUCUCCACUUCCAUACCUGGAAAAAUGGUUUGAAGACGGGCAUGUACUAUCUAAGAACACGUGCAGCAGCUGAUGCUAUCAAAUUCACAGUCAACACUACUAUGAUAAAGGAUGAAAAUGCUAAGGCGGUAGCUGAUGACAACAAUGCUAAGAUGGCACAGAUGGUAUGCUCUUUAGCCAACCGCGACGAGUGCCUUGCUUGUGGAAGUUGAUAGCUUACAUAACAUAAUUGGGAAUGUAUUGGUUUGUUUUUCGGGAUGUUGCCACCAUGUCUAAGCUUCAAGAAUCACCAAAAGGUUGCACUCUCUUCCUAUUUCUUGCAGUUCUAAUGAUGUCUGAACUUGUUAUAGUUUAGAUUGAAAUAUUUACAAAUGAAAGAAGAGAAGUUUAUAGAGAUUAGUCAUAUGUUAUGACUGAAUAUUUUAUGCUUGUGGUUUUUAUCCUAAAUGGAACUUAUCUCAAUUUCCAUAGUUUCUGGAUUUAUGUAUAUGAUAUGUAAUGAUCCUUUGGAACAAUUGAUUCUUGUGUAUA